AUGCAAAUGUCUGGAGUUAACACAGGUAAACCAGACGAAUCUGGCAGUAAUCUAGGCGGAAUGGUCAAUAACCCAGCUGUCAACAACGGAUUGGGCCUCGGUCACGAACAAUCCUCCGUCAAUGCGUUGCAGUAUCAACAACAGCUGGACGCAGAUGACGCGCAGUACGUCGGCCACUCACAGGGUCAACACUCACCUCAGAAUCUGAACCAAUCGCUACCUGGCCAGCACCAAACAGGCCAUAUCCAGCAACAUCAACAGCAGCAGCAACGACAGCCAAAUGUCGCGCAGCAGUAUGCAAACUCAGCUGCAUACAUGCACGCGCAGUAUCAGCAGUCGCCACAGCAGUCCAUCUACUACCAGAAUGCAAUGAACAGUGGUAAUGCUGCACAGCAACAAGCGGCCAUGAACCAGUACGCCCAGGCGAUUCCAGCUGACUUCGGAUACAUGCAAUCAACCCAACAGGGACAACAACCAACAGGGAACAACCCCAAUUACAACCAACAGCAGUUCUCCGAACUGAUGUACAACUCGUUCCUGUCCCAGUUAUCGCAAAAGCAACCGCAGGCAAGUUCUGUGCAGGGACAGCAAGGCCAAGGACAGCACGGGCAACAGAACCAGAGCCCACCGCAACAGCAGCAGCAGCAACAUCAGCAAUCGCAGCAGCAAAUGGGGAUGGGUAACUCCCAUCUGAACCCUGCUACCGCCGCCGCAGUGGCUGCUGCCGCUGCAGCUGGUACAAGCCCUGCCUUUAUGAGUCCUAGCGUUCAGCGGUACUACCAGAACAGCAUGGGUAACUACGGAUCCAUGAUGGACACAACUGGGAUGUCUCUGUUGCAACAGCAGCAAUAUCAGCAGCAGCAACAACAACAUCAACAGCAACAGCACCACCAACAGGCACAGCAGCAACGUCAACAAGCGCUGUUGCAACAGCAACAGAUGAGACUGUCGCCAGAGGCGCAACAACAGGAACUGGUGCAGCAGACUAGUGGGCGUGGCCACCACCAGCAGCAGGCGAAUCGUCGCGGCCAUGGACAACAGAAGACGAUGCAGUUGCAUCCGGGGAAGGCGAUUAAGAAACUGUCGACCACUCAAAGCAGAAUCGAAAAGAGGAAGCAGUUGAAGAAACAAGGUCCAAAGAGACCCUCUUCUGCGUACUUCCUGUUCUCUAUGUCUAUUAGAAACGACUUAUUGCAACAGUACCCUGACGCCAAAGUUCCUGAACUUUCAAAGCUUGCUUCUGCUAGAUGGAAGGAACUAACGGAUGAUCAAAAAAAACCCUUUUACGAUGAAUUCAGAACCAACUGGGAUAAGUACCGCGUUUUGAGGGAUGAGUACGAAAAUACACUCCCACCUAAAAGACCAUCCGGUCCGUUUAUCCAGUUCACGCAAGAGAUAAGACCGACUAUCGUAAAGGAGAACCCAGAAAAGAACUUGAUCGAGAUAACGAAACUGAUAGGUGAAAGAUGGAGGAGUUUGGAUCCUGUGGAAAAGACAAGAUACACAGAUACGUACAAGCUGAAACUGAAAGAAUGGGAAAAAUGCUACCCAACGGAUGGCGAUGCAAUGCCCGUCACGUUUUCACCAACGCAGAACAUGACUCUUCAGGCAGCAACGGAUCUUAACGUAGAUGAAUCUAAUGACACCAAAAACCCUUUAGUCAGCUCAGCAAUGAAAAGCCUGGCGGACCUACCAACGCCAAACACGAAUUCCGGUUCAGGCGUCACAAGCCCCUCCCAUGUGCAACUAAGUCACCAGAUGGGCGACCCAGAUUUGGGCUCAAAGGGAAGUUCUGCCUCGCCGGUAUCUGACCAAGUGGACGGAACUAACUCGGGCAAUUCUAUGGAACACACAGGUGGGGACACGUUAUCGCCAGGCGCAGCUGAUCAUCAACUUUCGAUGAAUCGAGAGCCUGACCUUAAAACGGAAUAA